CAGGAGAUCACAUUCCUGCUUGACCCGCGUGCGCGGUGGACGCGUGUUGUGCCUUCGAAAUUCAAUUUCAAAAUUGCGAAUUAAAGUUCGAAUUCAAAAUAGAAAUGGGAUUGAACACGUACAGUGAUUAUGGAAGUGGCAGUUCAAUGAACUCGGAUUUCCAGGACCUGGAGAGCUGGUUGCCGCUGGCCACGCGCGCUGUGGAGCGACCUCGGCAGAAGUCUGCCAGCUAUGUGGACCUGGUGCUCGGCCGGUGCACGCUCGAGGAUGUGAUGAAUGAGUUCCGCAUGAACGGCUCCGACACACCGUACAAUCCUGACGACGAGCUCUGGGCACCGAGGACGGAUAUUUUAGAAGCGAACUCCUCGGUAACCUACCUUCGUCAGUCGUCGUGGCCCGCGCCGGAGCUAACUCCCGCGCAGGCACUGCCCCGCCCCCGCCCCGCAGCCGCACGCGCCCCGGCGGCCGCCCCCAAACUCGCCCCCACCGCUGUCGCGUGGAAUGCUGACUUCUUGUCGUUCGCUCAGAACGUUCCUUCUACUUCUACGCCAAUUAACGACGACACUCCACCAAGCCAGCUAGAUCUUUUAACAGAAGAACAGAAACAAGUCCUGACAUCGCUCUCUGAUGACACUAUUUAUACCUUGCUGAGGCAAAUUGAGGUGACUCGUGGGGACGUUGUCAAACGCAAUAAGAAAAAGCUUGAUGAGUGCCGCUUCUGCAAGAACAACGGCGAGCGCGAGGCCUUCUUCCGCUCGCACGCGCUCAAGGACGCGGCGGGGCGCGUGGAGUGCCCCGUGCUGCGCGCCUUCCAGUGCCGCCGCUGCGGGGCGCGGGGGGACGCGGCGCACACCGCCAAGUACUGCCCGCUGGCCACCGCCGAGGAGCGGCUGCAGUCGGCGGCCGUCAUGCACAGCGUGCGCCUGGCGUCGGGCCGGCGCCGCGCGGGGCCCGAGGCGCGCGCGCGGCCGGCGCUGGACCCGCGCUGGGCCGCGCUCGAGCGCAAGCUGCUGCUGUAGCGCCUCCCGCGCGACGCGCCCGCCGCGACGCCGCCGGCGCCGUUCAGCGAUCGUCUGUUCGUUCCUUUCAUUCCUUCCUCCAAAGAAUCGGCAGUCGUAAGCUCCUAGACGCGUUCCUGGCGGCGCGGAACCACUCGGGAAUUUAGAUUUAAGCUUUUUAUCAUUUCUACGAGUCCGGUAGACGUAUAUAAAAUUUGUUAUUGAGUAUCUCUCAAAUAUUGACGUGUUUGUUCAAUAAGACAAUCGAUAUUGAACCGUGUUGCGUAUUU